GCGCUUGCGUAUUACACGUGUCCGCCAUCAUGGAUUUGUCUUCUUGGUUCGAAGAUGUGCGGCGGAUGAAUAAAAGACAGCUCUUUUAUCAAGGCUUAAACUUUGCUAUGAUAGUGUCAUCUGCUCUCAUGAUCUGGAAAGGUUUGAUGGUAGUCACUGGCAGCGAAAGUCCCAUAGUAGUAGUUUUAAGUGGAAGCAUGGAACCCGCUUUUCAGCGUGGAGACCUAUUGUUUCUAACCAAUUACAAAGAAGACCCGAUCCGAGUUGGUGAAAUUGUCGUGUUUAAGGUUGAAGGACGGGAGAUACCGAUUGUUCACCGAGUUUUGAAAAUUCACGAAAAAGAGGAUGGAGCCAUAAAAUUUUUAACAAAAGGAGAUAACAACUCUGUAGAUGAUCGAGGUCUGUAUGCUCCUGGACAGCUGUGGCUAGAAAGGAAAGAUGUUGUUGGGCGAGCUAGAGGUUUUGUUCCUUAUGUUGGCAUGGUUACAAUUCUUAUGAAUGAUUAUCCUAAGUUUAAGUAUGCCAUUCUUGCUGCACUGGGAGCGUUUGUUCUUUUACACAGAGAAUGACGAAGGAGAUUGUUAAUACCUGUUUGUGCAACACCCUAAGACCAGAAAACUAGGAUGUAUCUUACACCUUUUACAGAGUUAAAAUGUUAAAAUUGAGAGCAUUGUUAGACAGUCUAAAAAAACUGUCGAUAGGCUAACAGUGUUAAAGUUUCUAGUAUGUGUGACACUAUUUCCGUUGUGUGAUGCAGUCACAUAAACAGCAUGUCUGUAUAUUAUGGAGAAUUUACACAAAAUAAAACCUUUCAGUUAUUUUGAAAACUGCUGCAAAACGUAAGAGAUGAACACGAUCUUAAAUAUAGUUUUCAAGGUAGCUGUAGCGAGAAAAAUUCAAUAAAAGAACACACCCAAAUAAA